CCAAUCACACUCACUUCCUUCUCUCCCUCACACACACUCACACAAACACACACACACACACAACCACACACACAGACCGAGACACUUCAACAGACGGAGACGGGAUACUUUGACAUCAGGGACACGACGGCUCUUUAUUCUGAGAAGCCGGAGCAGAGAACGCACAAUGAAAUGCCAGAGCGCUCUGUCUGCCUGCCUGCUGCUGCUCUGUACGCUGACCGAGUUUGUCAGUUAUGCACAAGGCGCAGUUGAUGGUAAGAUAAACGUGCAGUUUAUCGCUGAUGGGAUUAAGCUGUCGUGUAAGGGAGGAAAAUUUGAAAAAAAACGUGAUAACCAAAAGGAUAUUGAUAAUUAUCUUGAGCUGACAUACAAUGACGAGAACACAGGAGAGUACGAAUGUAGGAGCAGCAGUGAUCCAGACCAGAUCCAGAUCCUAUCCAAAAUCUAUGUGAAAUUUCGCACCUGUGACAACUGCAUCGAGCUCGACGGGGGAACGAUAGCCGGACUAGUUACAGGAAACGUGGUGGCUACGAUCGUGAUAGGAGUGGCUGUCUAUCUCGUCGUGUCUCAGACCCGGAUCAGUCCGAGCACCUCUCACAAGAAGAGCUCUGAUAGACAGCAUCUUGUUGCGAACGAAAUGCCCCGAGGUACCAACGACCAUUAUCAGCCGCUGAACACCAGAACUCGCCAGGGCGACACUUACGAUACGCUUCACAAAUAAUAGAGGGGCGAUGGAUCGCUGCCUGGGAGCCCUCCGACCGAAGACACAGUCUCCACGUGUCCUCAAACAUCUGCAGGAGGGGAAAGUCUGUCACUGUUUCUGUGGCGGCCGUCGCUCAGCCCUGGUGUAUGUUUCUCUGUGUGAUGCCGUUAUUGCUUAAGAUCUUAUUUUUACAUUGCCUGUAAGAUGUCGCUCUCAGUAGACCGCUCACAUAGUUGCCAGAUGCCGUAGUUUACCAUUUAUGAGCCGCUGUUCUCAUCGUUGUCGAAUUCUAAUGAAACCCGUUUGAUAUUUUCAUACGCUGUCUAUGUUUUCUGUGAGUAGCUGUCAGUAGGGCUGCGACCUCGUGUACUGUACUGCGUGGCUUAACAGUGAAGUGUUGAUUUUGACAAACAACGCUGACAUCUGAUCAUUGUGCAAAGUGAAACAUUCAGGAAUAAGAUUGUUCUGUCUUGUCAUGGUGGAAGGUAAUUCAGUCCAUGUGCUCUUUUAGGUUAUACGUGCCACUCUCUACUAUAAUAAAAAAAAAUAAAUACAACUAAAAACGA